ACAGAUUCCCGAAUGAGGUGCAAUUUACAAUCACUCAACAAUUGAGAAGUCCGUUCGCUUUUCAGUUUGGGUGUGCAUACAUGUACUUUCUCAUGGAAGGAAGUAACAGUUCCAACAGGUUUGAACCUAAAAUAGACAGUCCUCAUGUUUCAUUUGUGAUGGUAACUGUAGAUGAAAACAAAACACGUAAAGACUUGGAUAUGCUGCUGAAAACUAAAAGGAAAUUUGUUUGCAUCAAUGACGAUAUUGACUACAGCAAGCCAGCCGCAGCUGACAGGGUAAUUGCCUUACUGGAAGAGUAUUACGAUUCGAUGUUUCCAAACCCUUCGUCAUUCGAAAAAAGUAAAUGACUGAUGAUAUUUGCUUAAUUGCUGAAAUGAAAGUGCCAUAUAGUUCCUGCUUUAUAAACAGGCCCGAACAAUUUAGUGUCUAAUCUUUCGAACAUUUAUCUGCAACCGAGUGCAAUUUAUGCACAUCACAUAACCCUGAGAACACGGCACCUUCGCCAAAGUCAGCCAGGAUGUUUCAGCAUCGCACAUAUAGGAGUCCUGAACAUGACUGACAGUAUCAACGGGUUCGAAAUCCACAUUCACUACACUUUUAAGUGGCUGUUAAUGUUGAGAACCUAUGACUCAGUUAUUUGUUUCAUUUUCUUCCUGUAAUAGCCACAGACGACCGCCGGACAAAAUGUCUACUUUGAAUUCUAAUACGACCACAGAAAGCGUUCACUAAAACGCUGCUAUAAGUACAAAACACUAAGUAAAUGGCUUGCUUUUCAAUAGUCAAAAUUAUUAGCAUGUUUAACUAAUAAUACAUGGUUUACGUAGGUAAUAUUCGUCAUCCAUUAAAAAAGAUAAUUGUAAUGGACUUUCGCAAACUGCACGCGCAUAUGAUUACGUUAGUGAUGAGGUUUACUACAUGAAGGUUUAAAGCUAAACUAAACCCGAAUUUUAUAUUAGAAAGUAUGCACAAUGCCUGCGUAUAAUGUAUGUAAAUGUAAAAGAACAAGAGCUGUCGGAGGACAGCAACGCUCGACUAUUCAACAGCAAUAUGAGUCGAAAAAGGGGCAGGAUUUCGUAAAAUUGCGAAAUAGGGUUAUGAAGCCUGACAAUGCAUAUCAGCUCGUGGCAAGAUCAAUUGUGUGAAGUUUCAAUUCAUUCCUGUUAGUGGGUACUGAGCAUAUCAGCUUACAUACAAAAAGUUUACCAAGAACUGCUAAGUCGAAAAAGGGGCAUAAUUUUGUAAAAAUGCAAAGCAGGGUUAUGUCCUGCAUGUCAGAUCAUCACAGGUAACUAGUAUAUAAAGUUUCAAUUCAUUCCAAUCACUGGGUACUGAGAUACCAGCUUACAUAUGAAACCUUAAUAAAAAGUUUCUAAGUCCUACAAGGGGCAUAAUUUUGUAAAGAAUUCAUUCCCACAAGCAAGUGGUUACUGAGAUCAUACCAGCUUACAUACCAAAACUUAACCAAAUCGGGACGCCGACGCCGACGCAUGGGCGAGUCCAAAAGCUCUGCCUAUUCUUUGAAUAGUCGAGCAAAUCAAUUAUGUACAUUGAAAGAAUUAAAAAUUAAUACUUUUGUAGAUGAAUGUGUACUGACACUGAAAAACUUGAACUUUUGUAAGCAAGCCAUUGUUACCUUCUGACGUUACAUUAUAAAAUUAGCUCUGUAUAUACAUUUAAUUCAUGUGUUUAGUAAAGUUCAAUACAUAUGGUGAGGGUUUUCUAAAUAUGAAGUAAAUAAAGAUGGGCAUUGGAUAUCUGUACUAAAAGUUUAAUUAAUAAUGCCAAGACUUGUGAUGACAAUAUUAUCCCGUAUGUUAUCCAAUAAAAAUCAAGUUGUUCAAAUAAAGGUAUACUUGUGCCACCUCUUUUGAAAUGAGUAUUUAUUUUAAUUUGUGAGAAAACAUUGUCAUGUCAACACAUAUUGUAAUGCUCUAGAAAUUUAC